UACUCUAGCUAUUCUAAGGUGUAUGCUGACUUAGAUAUUAAUAUUAUAUAUAUAGGAACGCCACACGCAUUUUACGCACGCAACUGCCUUGAUGCUAUUGCAGCUAGUAAACAUGUUUUAUAUAAAAAGCUAUUUACUCUUAUAGCUUCUAAAGCUAAGGAAGUC